CACUUAAAAUCCGGAAAUCCUGUUACGAAAGAAAUGUUCCAUUCGGUCGGUAGCGGUAGCGCCAAAAUGCUGCCUGGUUGAAGUAAUACGUCACAACAGUGCUGGUUGAGGCAGAUCAGAGGUGACAGAACAGACUCGUUGACACUGGCAGGCAGGCGCAUUGUACCUCAGGGACCGUGUGCUUCAGCAUAGCAUGUAGAGGAAUCGGGCUGGAGUAUAUUGAACGUGCAUCGGGUUUCCUGUCAAGCUCUUUUUUUUGGGGUUGGCUGUGGAUUCGACGGUGGAUUUUGAGCAACAUUUGGACCGCGAAGUCUCGUUUGCAGACCUGGGAGCUGGCGUGGAGGUUUUGGGGUCAGGGGAGUUUGCUGGAGUACUUCUGCUUGGUAUCUGUUGUCGAAUUUCUCGUGAUGUUAUUUCGUCGAGGUUGAGCUCGACGUAUAACUGUGCUUGAGCGAAUGCAUAUCGGUUUGGCGCCUCGUGAACGAAUUGCAAGUUUGAAGCAGAUGAUAAUGAGACGAGCCUCCACUAGGUGUGGAUAGUCGAGGGGCUGAGAGCAUUUUAAUGUGCGUAAGGGGCAUAUACGUCGGGAUCGCUGUUCAAGUUCUGUAGAGUAGGGUUAGGAAGUUCGAGAUAAUGGCUAGCGGGAGGAAGAAUUUCAGGAAGCGUUCUGUCGCUGAUCGGGAGGAGUCGCCCGAGAGUUCACAUGAAGAAGACGAAAUACGAUCAGCAUUAGAAGAAGUAAAAUUUCUUCAGAAGCAGAGAGUUCGGCCCACGGGUGUUGUCGUGAACCCUGUUGCCCUGCCUGCCGACAAAGUGGUCGUGAAAGAGAAAGAGAAGCCAGAAGGCGAAGGAGAAAAGGAGGAGCUUGUUUUGCAAGAUACCUUUGCACAAGAAACAGCCGUUACAGUGGAAGAUCCCAAUAUGUUGAAGUACGUAGAGCAGGAACUAGCUAAGCAAAGGGGACGGGAAUAUGGUGUUGUUCCCGAAGAGGUUAAGCCAGCGGAAGACGACCUGUACAUAAUUCCCGAACAUUUGAAGGUCAGGAGAAGAAAUGCGGAGGAAAGUUCAACCCAGUGGACGACUGGCAUAGCAGAAGUCCAACUUCCUAUAGAGUACAAGUUGAAGAACAUCGAAGAAACCGAGGCAGCCAAGAAGCAGUUGCAAGAUAAACGUCCCUUCGUGGGUAGAGGAAGGGUUCAAUCCAGUAUUCCUGCAAGUUACAGCGCCGAUUACUUCCAGCGAGGUCGCGAAUACGCAGAAAAGCUACGAAGAGAGCAUCCGGAACUGUACAAAGAUAGGGAGGGUGGAGGUGGAGGUGGAGGAGGAGGAGGACGUGGUUCAGUGGGAGAAGCUCCUCCGGAUGGCGCACGGGAUAUGGGCAAUCGUAGACAAGCAGCCACGGAUGAGAUAAUGCUGGAGCGGUUUCGCAAGAGGGAGAGGAGCCGUCUCAUGCGCCGCUAGUUGAUAAUUUUCUAGGGUCAAUUUUGUGACUCCAUUUUUUCGUCAGUGCAAGUUGUGCAGGCGGGUCUUGGUCUGUCGGGUUGUAUUGUGAGCAACAUGAGGAGUUGAUGAAGCCACCUCAGAAAUUGUAUAAUACAUGUGUCUGAUCAAAAAGUUGUUUACGGGAUGCAAUAGCCCUUACUCAUUGAACACUUGUUCUGUUUUCCUGGAUUCUUUCUGCAAUUUGUUUGAUUUGUGUCCUUCCCCCUUAAAUAC